CGAGCAAAGAGCGGGCUGUCGGGGAAGAGCAGAGCCCUGUGUGUUCUGAAGCAGUAUGUUGCUCUCUCUCUCGCUCCCUUUUCUCUCUCUCUCUUCCGUUCUCUGUAUAAAAAGAUGAGCAAGAGGUAACAGACGAGUGCGACAGAAUCUCUGUUGGUGCUUGGCUCACACACACGCCUUCUACAAAAGAGACCACCAUCCGAAAGAAAGAACUGGCUCAAAUCCCUGUUGCCUUUGCCCUGUGGAUGUUUUAGUCUAAAUGGAUGAACAGAGCGACGGGGAGGAUGUGCUUAAGGGUCUGGAUGAAGAGGCAAUAGUUGACCAUGGAAAGUCCAGCUUCACCACACACUCAAACUAUGAAGGGGAUGAGUUGGAAAGCCACCGAGCCGUGUACGUAGGUGUUCACGUUCCUCUUGGAAGAGAAGGCAGGCGGAGGCAUCGCCACCGAGGACACAGACACCACAGAAAGAAGAGAGAGAGAGACUCUGAGGAUGGGAAGGAAGAUGGCAGGGAAUCCCCUUCUUAUGACACGCCAUCCCAGAGGGUCCAGUUCAUCUUGGGAACAGAGGACGAUGACCUUGAGCACGUCCCCCAUGACCUUUUCACUGAGCUGGACGAGCUGUCGUUCAGAGACGGCAGUGCCACUGAAUGGAAGGAGACUGCCAGAUGGCUGAAGUUUGAGGAAGAUGUGGAAGAUGGUGGGGAGAGGUGGAGUAAGCCUUACGUGGCUACUUUGUCACUACACAGUUUAUUUGAAUUGCGUAGCUGUAUACUCAAUGGCACUGUCAUGCUGGAUAUGAGGGCUAACACUAUUGAGGAUAUUGCAGACAUGGUGAUAGACAGCAUGGUGGCUUCGGGACAGCUAAAUGAGGAUCUGCGCGAGAAGGUGCGGGAAGCCAUGCUGAAGAAACACCACCACCAGAAUGAGAGAAAGCUCAGCAAUCGCAUCCCUCUGGUGCGCUCCUUUGCUGACAUAGGCAAGAAACACUCUGACCCACUCUUGCUUGAAAGAAACGGAGAGGGCCUAUCCUCUUCACGUCUCUCUCUCCACAAGCAAGGGGCAUCUUCCUCUCUCUCCAACCUGUCCCAAAGGCGAGAGUCCAGAAUCUCCGUCCUGCUCAACCAACUCCUACCCUCUUCUUCCUCCAACUCUGGGCUCAACCCAGGCCACUCGCCCCUCACCACCCCACAAAAUACCCCCACUUUCUUCCGACGUUCCUCCCAAAGCGCACCAAGCUCCGGCCUCGGCCACCAAGGUAUCCCAGAGGUGGUGGUAUCGCCUCCCGAGGAUGAUGACCCACAAAACUCCACAGAAGAUGAGGCAGCAUCGCCACAGCUCGGCCGGCCAGCAUCCCCGGCAUCCGAGGGCCUCGAGCUGCUGCCCUUAGAAGGAUCACUGGUGUCUCCGCACUCUGUCCCAACCAACCUGGACGGCAAUAAGGCGAUGGAGAGGAGGCCAUCCAAAGUAGGGGUCAGUAGAGAAGGCAGCAGUGUCGACUUCAGCAAGGUGGACAUGAAUUUCAUGAAAAAGAUCCCUCCUGGUGCUGAAGCGUCCAACGUACUGGUGGGAGAAGUGGACUUCCUGGAGAAGCCCAUAAUUGCCUUUGUACGACUGUCCCCUGCAGUCCUUAUCACAGGCCUCACAGAGGUGCCUGUUCCUACGAGGUUUCUUUUCCUGCUCUUGGGUCCUCAUGGCAAGGGUCCACAGUAUCAUGAAAUUGGCAGGUCAAUGGCCACACUUAUGACGGAUGAGAUUUUCCACGAUGUGGCAUACAAAGCCAAAGACCGAACGGAUCUCCUCUCUGGGAUAGAUGAGUUCCUUGACCAAGUGACUGUCCUGCCCCCUGGAGAAUGGGAUCCAACAAUUCGCAUUGAGCCCCCCAAAAAUGUCCCAUCUCAGAUGAAGAGGAAGAGACCACCAAAGCUCAACGGGACUGCGUCUCCAGCUGGACAGCAGGAAAAGGAGGAGGACCAUCAUGCAGGACCUGAACUGCAGAGGACGGGAAGGAUAUUUGGAGGUUUGAUCUUAGAUAUCAAGCGGAAGGUGCCGUUUUACUGGAGCGACAUCAGGGACUCGUUCAGUCUGCAGUGUCUAGCUUCCAUCCUUUUCCUCUACUGCGCCUGCAUGUCGCCUGUCAUCACAUUCGGUGGUCUGCUUGGGGAGGCAACAAAAGGCAACAUAAGUGCCAUAGAGUCUCUAUUUGGGGCAUCGAUGACAGGGGUGGCAUAUUCCCUCUUCGCAGGCCAGCCCCUCACAAUUCUUGGCAGCACAGGGCCUGUUUUAGUGUUUGAGAAGAUCCUCUUCAAGUUCUGCAAAGACUACCACCUGUCCUACCUGCCGCUGCGAACCAGCAUUGGUCUGUGGACGGCCUUCAUGUGUCUGGUCCUAGUGGCUACAGAUGCUAGCUCCCUAGUCUGCUACAUCACCAGAUUCACAGAGGAGGCCUUCGCCGCCCUCAUCUGCAUCAUCUUCAUCUACGAGGCUCUGGAGAAGCUGUUCCAUCUGGGAGAAUACUACGCUGUCAACAUGCACAACGACUUGGACAAUCUUACCCUCUAUUCGUGUGAGUGCUCUCCACCAACAAAUGCCUCAGAUCUACUGAGGCAGAAGUGGAAUGAGACGGGAUACAGCGAAGAUUCUAUCCCGUGGAGCAGCCUCAGUGUUUCGACGUGUAAAGUUCUUCAUGGGGAGUUUGUGGGUCCAGCCUGUGGUCAACAUGGGCCCUACAUCCCAGAUGUUCUCUUUUGGUCUAUAAUCCUUUUCUUCACCACCUUCUUCUUGUCUUCCUUCCUUAAACAAUUCAAGACUGAGAGAUAUUUUCCCACCAGGGUACGUUCCACUAUCAGCGACUUUGCUGUAUUUAUAACCAUCAUGAUCAUGGUAUUGGUGGACUAUCUAAUGGGCAUCCCGUCUCCUAAACUGAAUGUUCCUGAUCGUUUUGAGCCCACUUCAAAGAACCGAGGCUGGCUUAUAGGCCCAUUAGGAGAAAACCCCUGGUGGACAAUGCUGGUUGCAGCACUUCCUGCCCUGCUCUGCACCAUCCUCAUCUUUAUGGACCAGCAGAUCACUGCAGUCAUCAUAAAUCGCAAGGAGCACAAACUCACGAAAGGCUGUGGCUAUCACCUUGACUUGCUGAUAGUGGCAGUGAUGUUGGGUGUGUGUUCCAUUAUGGGCUUGCCGUGGUUUGUGGCUGCAACCGUCCUCUCCAUCUCUCACGUUAAUAGCCUGAAAGUGGAGUCGGGCUGCUCCGCUCCUGGAGAGCAGCCCAAGUUUCUGGGCAUCCGAGAGCAGCGGGUCACUGGAUUCAUGAUCUUUGUCCUCAUGGGUUGUUCGGUUUUCAUGACUUCAGUGCUGAAGUUCAUUCCUAUGCCAGUGUUGUAUGGAGUCUUUCUCUACAUGGGUGUCUCCUCCCUCAAAGGAAUUCAAUUCUUUGACAGAAUCAAACUGUUUGGCAUGCCUGCAAAGCACCAGCCUGAUCUGAUCUAUCUUCGCUACGUGCCGCUGUGGAAGGUUCAUAUCUUCACCCUGGUGCAGCUCACCUGUCUGGUGCUGCUCUGGGUCAUCAAGGCCUCCGCAGCAGCUGUCGUGUUUCCCAUGAUGGUUCUGGCACUGGUCUUUAUCCGAAAGCUCCUGGACUUGUUCUUCACUGAGAGAGAGCUGAGCUGGCUUGACGACCUAAUGCCAGAAAGCAAGAAGAAGAAAGAGGAUGACAAGAAAAAGAAAGCGCGUGAGAAGCUGGUGAACAUGCAGAGCUUUCAGAAAGGACCACUCAAGGAGGAAGAGUCCAGAUUGGAGGAAGAGGAGGAUAUAGAUCGGAAGGUCAGCUUUGAAGACUCAAACAGACUCAACAUCCCAGUGAAAACGCUCUCAGGGAGCCAGGAGAAGGUGGCCUGUGUUAGAGUGGACGUCGGCCCGGACGCGCCCGGAGGAGGUUCCAAUGCCGAGACCUUCCUGUGAUGAAGAGAGGCCCGCCUUCUCUUCUCACUUCCUUUCCCACACAAUACUUUAAACCAGCUGAUGGUCACCACCUUAGUGGGAAACACAGCGCAGAACUGGAGCAGUACAAAGUUGCCCUCAGAGCUCCAACCUUCAGGACAGCAGGUGAGCUUUCCCCAGGGCCGUGAGUCUGACUCCACUCAAGUCUUGAAAGUGUGCAGCACAUGUACAGAUAGCUGCUACGAUGCACUGCAGAGCACACAUCUCAGCAGAACCAAGGAAGUCUGCUGUUACUGCCCACAGACACUCUCUCAUUUCUAACCCCCCCCCAUUUAAACCAUGGAUGCCAAAGGAAGGGGCCUCACUGGUGCAUAUUUAUUUGGAUUGUGUUGAUUUGGUUUAAAUUUGAACCCGUUUUUAUGUUUUAAAUGUUGUGUUCCGUCUUUAUUUUAGCUGUUCACUGCUGUACUGCACGUGUUUUGGUCCAACAGCUCAUACACCGUGAGCUUAAGACAUUUCAUCUGCUUCUAAACUCACAUGAUAAAUAUCAUUCAGGUACUUGUCUGAAACAGAGGAUUUAUAUUUUAAAUAAAAUGUAUCUGUCACUAACACACAAAGUACAUAGCUUUUUUUUGGGCUGGUACACUGUCCAGCAAAAACCAAACAUCACAUGCUGUAAUAUUUAGAUUAGCACCUGCAAUAUAAACCUGUAGGGGGCAGUGUUGUGAUCUGGGGUGAUCUGCUUCAGUUGGUCAGGUUGACAUUCAGCAAAAGUGAUGUACCCCAAAAAAAGAGGUCAGCUGACGACCAAAAUAAACUGAAUGACCAGGUUUUUCAGGCAAUUACGAAAAUGGUGAAGCGUGAGUUGUCAUUUUCACACGUGGAUUUUGUCACCGCAGAGUCCAGACCUUCACUCCUUUGAGACCUUACACAGUGGACCAACUCCAUUAUGAAUACAAGAAAAAAAAGAAAAGAUAUAAAAGAGAAUUGAAAUAAAUGCCGUGACAUGACUUAAUCUUAUUGAA